AAAUGGUCAAAUAUUUCUCUAAAUCUAAGAUGUUGUCUUAUCAUUUAAUUCGAACAGAUUGUACCAUAAUGUUCGAUUACUAUCAUAAAAUUCCGUUUUCAAAACAUUGGAAAGGUGUUGGGAAUAGGUUGUACAGAUUAGGGACAGGAAACCUUGGGAAUUGGUUGUAUAGAUUAUCUAUAGACUUAUCUAUAGUCAGUUUUCAGUGUGAAAUUAUGAAUAUGUUUCUAUAUCUAUAAAAAAUAUCUAGGUCUAUUAUAAUAUGCUUACUGGACAGAGGGUUAUAUUGCACACACUGUGAUGACAUGUGCGAUUUAAAGAUUAGUGCAAGGAUCAUGAUUAUGAAAGUGCUGGUGUUUGGGAAAAAAAAUACGACGUCACUUUUGUACAGACAUUUCUCAAUGAGACUACUACGUUAUUUGGUGACCAAUACCUUUAGACAAACAGUCAGGUAUUACCCUUCCUUCCGCCGAGAGAAAGACCCACAUCUGCUAAUGCUGCGUAGGCUAAAGGAUGUGAGCAGGAGUGGCACUUGGGUCCCUUUAAAUAGAGCCGUCCUUAAACGUUGGACAAUCAGAUCAGCUGAAGUUUGCAAACAGCUUGCUGCAGAACUCAAAGCUACAUCCAAAAUCUCUGGGAUACAUUUUCUGUGUUUUGGGGGUAAAAGAUGGAAAUAACCAAGACAUCUGGGAUGGGGAACGCCGUUCUUGUGCUCUUACUGGCUGUUCUGCAGGGAUUUCGACUAGUAGACGCUUUUCCAAACCCAUCACCUCUUCUGGGAUCCAACUGGGGGAAUCCGAGAAGAUACGUACACCUGCAGACGUCUUCAGACGUGAACAAUUUCUACCUUGAGAUCAGUUUAAAUGGCCACGUGAGCAAAACUACACUUCGAAGCUCAUACAGUGUGAUUUUACUGAAGGCGGAAACAAGAGAGCGCGUGGCGAUGCUUGGAGUCAAAAGUAACCGCUACCUGUGCAUGGAUUCCCUGGGAAACCCUUUCAGCUCUACUGUUUGCCUCAAGGAAGACUGUCUUUUUAACCACAAGCUAUUGGAAAACCACCGCAACGUGUACUACUCUUGUAGAACUGGUAUUCUGCUCAACUUGGAAGGGAUAAAGCAAGUGUACACAGUAGGUCAGAAUCUACCGCAAACCUCCCUCUUCCUGUCGGAGAAGAACACCGUGCCGCUGGAGCGCCUCUUGCAUCGGGAGAAGAGGAACCGGGUGGUUGACCCUUCUGACCCGUACAACAUGCUGGGUCAAACGGAGGAGGACUCCCGGGCAAUGCCGCAACUGGAUGACACCUUGGAGAUGGACCAGGAGGAUGAACUCCCCGAGGGACGCAACAUCUCCCGGGAGACCCCUCAGUCUCCAUCCGACGACCCGUGGAACGUGCAUUCCCUAAACCCCCCUCCCAGCCCCCGUAUCAUGAAUGGAAUGAUGGGAUAAGAUGACAGGACACUCGCAGUUGUACACUUGGGUUUAUCAAUGUAAGCUAUGUAUGCGUUCACGUUGGGUCUUUUCCAGCAGUUCUGCAAACAACCCUCAAAGUUUUAAACAGAUGUUAUACUUGUGAAAGUCGGACCGUGACACCCUUAUUAGGGCAUAUUGGUAAUUUAUAUGUAGUCAUAAUAUGAAAUAUGCAGCCAAAAAAGUACCACAUUGGAACAUUUUAUUUCGGCCAUUCUUCACUAUAGCACAGUGAGUUGGUUUCCGUGAUUUUUGAUUCCAGGACGCAAAUUCUGUAUUUGAUUGCGCUCUGUUUACGGGGAACAUUCUUAUGAGAAUCAUACUGAAAGCCGAAAUAAUUGUGCGUCUUUUUUGGAGAAAAAAAGAGUUGAGCUUAAGUCACUUUAUUAAAUGUUAUAUAAUGCAAGAAGACUGCAAGAAAAUUCCAUUGAUAUGAAACUUAAAAAUAUUCCAUCUAAAAUUAGCCCUACUAUAAUGUUGAAUAUGCCAGUAGGCAUGCAUGUUAUAAUGCAUGUUCUUCAAGGGAGACGUUUCAUUUUAAACGGAAAUGAAUGGUCCACUCUACAGGGUAUCAGAACGAAUAGAAACCACAUGUUAUAGAUGCUGGCCACCAAAAGCAAGCAACAAAGUCAAUUCCAUUAAAGUUUUAAGAAUUUAUUUAUUUAAAUCCAUUUAUUGUUAUUUAUAGUAUACUAUUUAUAUGGAUGCUUAGCUGUUAAAGAGUUAUUUUGAAAACCUGUAAGUUAUGAGGAGGCUAUGUGUGUGAGGGCUAGUGACAUUUAUCUUGAAAAAAGGUAUUAUGUUGAUGAAAUAUUACUUUUUUAAAUUAAUUAAUAUUCUAUUUUAGAUAUUUUAGAACUUCAGGAUGAAGAACUGUAUACUCACAACCACUUCAUCCUAGAAUUCUAUGUAUGAUGCAAUCAUAUAAGUACAUGCUAAAUGUGUUAGGAAGCUCUAUGUGUCACAUUAAGUGCGUAAGCAGGUUGACCAUUGACUCAUUCACUUCAAGCUUCCAGUCAUUAAGGUUGCGUGUCUCACGCUUCCGCAUCUCAUUAUGGUGAAAAUUGGCAUAUCUUAGUUUCUGCCAAACCAUCGUCUAAAAAUAAACAUUUCCACAUUCUAUUUUUGUUUCACUCUCACUAAGUAACAAGUUGGAGGUAUUUUAGUCAAAGGAACACAUUACGGUGACCACUAACCUUUGUCCUGUUUCACUUUGAGGUUAAACCACAUUGACCUGGCUGUCACAUCUGAGGAGCCUUAAAAAUCUCAGUGACGUCAUGAGUGAAGGCACAUGUUUUUGGAUUGAUAUACUGUAGAUAUUUUUCAAUAUUUUUGAGGCAGUUUAUUCAAAUAUUGCAAUAUUCCUUCAAAGGAAGAACUGUAAUAACACUCAAGUUGAAUAAGAUUUAAGCAAACCCACCCAUUCAUGUUGAAGGAUCAGAUU